AUGAAGCAGACUUCCUGGCUUGCGACCUACAACCGCCGUCUCGCCACAAGCGAGCAAGUCCAGGCCGAGAUCCGCAACUUCCUCGAGGCGAUCCAGACGUUCCAAGACCGUUGUGUCGACAGGAACGCAGCAUUCAAGACCGUUUGCGCCCGGUACGAUGCGCUGUUCCUCGCCCCGGCGUCCACCCCCGGCUCGAGCGCCGCGCACCUCGCACGCCAGCGAGCGGCCACCACGGACCACAACCUCGACGUCGAGCGCUACGGCGCCGCCGUCGACGCCCUGCAGGCUGAGCUGGUUGCUUUGGAGUGCGACUUGGGCAUCCUUGAGCACAGAAAAUCGAGUGAAACGGCCGCUGCGAUCCAACACCUGCGCGCCCAGGCGGCGGCCAUACGUGCGCCCGACGUCCGGGACGGGGAGUGGAAGUCGCGAUUCAUGGGGCGCAGACUGGCGGUGAACUCUGCGCGAGGGUACAUCGAGAGACUGAACGAGAUGGUAAAGACGUGCGCGGACUCGAUUUCCAACCAGCGGUCCAUCUGCGCUUCCUUGGAUGGCAUGCAGGUCGAUGCUCAGCUCCGGAUCAGGGCGGACGCCAUCGCUAUGAGGCACGGGGUGUGCCCCAGUGCCGAGUUCCUGGAGCGGCCCAACCAGGAGGGCCUGGCGAGGCUUCGAGAGCAGGGAGAAGCGGCUUCGGAUGAGUGGACGUCGGCGAGGAGAAACUUCAGUCAGUCGAGGAUAGGACUCCAGGAGCUGCUGCUGCGGGUUCAGGUCCAACAAAAAGACGCCCUGCAGGGAAUCAUUGGCGGUGCGAAGAAGGCGCAUGGUUCCAGCUUAGAGAUGCUAGACGGAAACCUAUGCGAGCUCAAAGAAAGAAUUGUCGAUAUCAAAUCAGCAGAGGUUAUAGAGGCAAUGGAGCUCUGGAUCGAGCUUGUUGUUGUGCCAGGCCUUGAUCCCAGCAGCAGCGCGUCUACUCCGGAAUCCACCUAG